GUGGGUUCACGUACUCUGACAGUUAUCAGCAGCCGACAUCCAACGUGCUCCAACUCUCCAUAGUUUUCUUGGGCUUCAGCGAUGGCGUUCUUGAUUGACAUUCAGAAUAGGGCUAACGAGAAAAAAGAUACAGAUUUUGCCUCUGAAGUAGAAAGAUUGAUAUCUAAGGAAAGGAAAGGGAGGAUGGAAGUUGUGGAAACACUGAAUGAUCUUGCAAAUGAAGUUGACAAAGAGGUUCGCAAAGGUCGAAUUGCCAAAACCACGUUUGCAUCAUCUGGUAUACUUGGUUCUGGGUUAGCCAUUGGUGGCAUCAUUGCAGCUCCAUUCACUUUUGGUGCUUCUCUGGGACUGACUAUAGCAGGCGCUGCGGUGGGAGUGUCAAGCGGGGUGGGGGGACUGGUCACGACAAUAAUAGACAGGCUUCUGAACAACAAGAAGACCAAAGCAGCCUAUGCAGCAGCCGACCAAUACAUAAAUAUAGUGGACUGUAUUGUACAAAUUAUGGAGGAAAUACGAAAUGAAUGGAAUGCACAAAUUGAGCAGGAUUUCAAGGAUAAAUUACGUAAUAUUUCUGAUCCUGAAACAAGCAAGACCCUAGAAGUAUUUCUUCUAAGUAUGAAAGCUACGUCUGAGGUUGGGGCUACUGGUGCCAAAAUUGCCUCCACUUCUGUUGCAUUAGCUUCACGAACAUUGGUGGCCGGUGUCAGCAGAACAGUUGCAAGUGUUCUGAAGACAGGCACAAUGGGUUUGGCCAUCGGAGGAGCAGCACUUGCAGCCAUCACCAUACCUGUUGAUGUAUACACCAUCUAUAAGAACACCAAGGCCAUACACGCCAAUGAAGAAUCGGCUGCUGCAAAAAAGAUCAGGAAAUUAGCAACUGAUAUAUUGAAAGUACGCCCUUUUGCAUUUUCAGAUGAUGCCUCAAUGAUGUUGAACCAACAAGAAGCUGUGCAGGGUACAUCAUUAACACCAAUUGAAGAGACAAAACGACAACUGCAGAAGAUGAAGAAGGAGCAGGAAGAGCUAUUAGAAAUUACUGACGAGAUACUACAACAGGUGCAGAAGGAGCAGGAACAGAAAAUACGCAAUGAAAAAGAGAGAAAUUGUCGCCAAAAUGAAGUUUUCCUCCAAACGCUUGACAUGAUGUCCAAAGACCUGACCCAUUUGGCUGACAUGUCUAUGCAGAUAACUGCACAUACAACACUGUUCAAGCUCUUGAUUUGUCUUCUGGAACUACUUUCAGUGGGAUUCAUCAUCUGUAAAAUAGUAACAACUGUUGCUCAUGGUCACAUCUCUGCUGCAAUGGAGAAGAUGUCUCAUAUCGUGAUAGUCAUUGUCGGAAUGGUGGGCUUAGUUGCUGAGUUGUUCAGUGAAAUAUAUUAUUAUAACAAAUGGAAGGAAGCAGUGGCAGUGGUAGAAAAGUAUGUGCUUGCAGUAAGAACAUCUCUCGAAGUAGCUGAGGGUGGACAUAUUGAUGCCAAUAAGGUUCGAAUGAGAAAAACCUGGAGAAGGCGUUCAGGUGACAUCAGCCAACGUAAGAUCACCAUACUUCGCACGGUAAAAACGCUCAUCGAUAUAAUUGCUGCCAUAAGUCUUGGAACAACAGAGUGGAAGGUAAUAGGGCAACAUCAUCUUGUAGAAGAAAGGGGUGCAGGCUCCCCUCUUGGUCUGGGAGGUCCCAUGUACACUGCUGUUGCUUUGCUUGUGGACCAACCUGAUGCUGAGCAUGUGAUGGAAUCCUUCAUGGAGAUGGCUGUUGGUGGAUCUUUGUGUCUGGUGCUUACUUCAACAAUAACAUUCUACAUACUAGUCACACACUGGAGUCACAAAAGGUCCUGCGUGUUGUCUGAUCAGAUUCAAUGUCUGUCAGGGAAAGCCUACACUGAGCUAAUAAGAUUCAUUAUUCCAUAUUUAGGGCUAGGUUAGCCAGUUGAUAAGAGUGAGUGAGUAAGUUGGGUUUAACGCCGCUUUUAACACUAUUCCAGUUACAUCUCGGCGUGUCAGCUGAAUAUAGGAGGAAAGCCCGAAGUGAUGCAGGUCUCAGACGUUUAUCACUUCGGCGUGCCCAAGGGACGCAACUCUGUCAAUCUAGUCGUCAUAGACAACUAGGCCACCCGUGCCCCCCAAGUUGAUAAUAUAAGGGUAACGCUAUUUUUCAGGGCAUUAUCUUUUGCAGAAGAGCGAGGUCUUCAAUUAACUGCCCCGACGAAGGAGAUGCCCUGUAAAAAUAGCGUUACCGUUAUUAUAGCUAAAAUGGAUGGAAUUUAUCAUCAAAUAAAAAGAAGCAACAAUAUCGGUUUUGAAACAUUUACUGCAAUCAACA